UUCCAUUUUUCUUUUUAUUAUUUUCCCUGGAAAACGAAACCAGGGCACAUAGAGAGAGAGAGAGAGAGAGGACCUCCAUUAUCUUAUUUUUUUCAUACAUUUUGACAUUGUCAAAUUAUAUGUCCGUAAUGGAAUGCAUUUCUCCUCUCUCUCCAGCUUAUUUCCAGGCCCUAGCUUCCUACUCUGACUUAUUGUAAUUAUUAUUCUUUCUUUUUUUGCUAAUUGGGAUCUAUUUUUCAGAUUUUUAUUAGUUGUUUCCAGUUGCAUAGUGGAAAUAAAGUUUCUUUUCUGAUUUGAUUAUUUUCAAUUUGUAUCUGUUAAGAGUUCUUCUUUAUCGUUUCAUAGUUUUCAUUAGAGACGUUCUGAGUUUGGUUUCUGGGGGAAGAAUCAGAAGUAAGACAUGUCUGACUCCCCGACUUCUUCCCCACCCGCCGACUCCACUCCGCCGCCUGAUAACUCCACCGGCGGCGGUUCUGCUCCUCCACCUACGGACUCCUCCGCACCACCUCCCUCUCCACCUGCUGAUUCAUCACCCCCGCCGAGUGUCCCAUCUCCACCACCGGCGACUCCUCCUCCGGAAUCCAAUCCCCCGCCUCCACCGCCUGAUUCCUCACCCCCUCCUCCCCCUGAUGCUCCACCGGUUGACUCCGGUUCUCCACCACCGGAGCCCGCUAACUCUCCUCCUCCUCCCCCUCAGGAAUUUGCAUCACCACCGCCUCCGCCUAAUCAAGACAACACCUCUCCUCCUUCUCCACCGGAACAAUCACCUCCUCCUCCUCCUACUCCUCAGGCGUCUUCACCAAACGGAGGACCCAAAAAACCGAACAAAUCACCACCACCAUCACCACCGACCGAUUCUCCUCCGGCUCCUCCAAAUGCGCCGCCGUCUCACGCGCUGCCGCCUAAGUCUCCCGCUGUAGGCGGACCUCUCAAGUCCCCAUCCCGCGGCGUCCACCAAUUCCCUCCGCCUCCUCCAAACAGCAACGACGGCGGCUAUCAAGGCAAGACGAUGGCCGGAAUGGCAGUCGCCGGAUUCGCACUCGUCGCCUUGAUCGCCGUCGUGUUCUUCGUCAGAAGAAAGAAGAAGAAAAACGUGGAUGUGUACAGUGAUUCUCAGUACUUGCCUCCUCCUAACUUCUCCAUCAAGUCAGAUGGAUUUUUAUACGGACAGAAUGCGACAAAAGGAGGAUACUCUGGUCCUGGUGGUUACAACACACAGCAACAACAAUCCAACACCGGAAACAGCUUUGGGAGCCAAACAGGUUACGCACGGUCAGGGAGUACACCUGACUCAGCUGUGAUGGGAAGUGGUCAGACGCAUUUCGCCUACGAAGAGCUGAUGGAGAUAACGCAAGGAUUCGCCAAGCAAAACAUACUCGGAGAAGGUGGGUUCGGGUGUGUCUACAAAGGUAAACUACACGACGGGAAGCUAGUUGCUGUGAAGCAGCUUAAGGUUGGUAGUGGACAAGGUGACCGUGAGUUUAAAGCAGAGGUUGAGAUUAUUAGCCGUGUUCAUCAUCGUCAUUUGGUUUCUCUGGUUGGUUACUGUAUCUCGGAUGACCAGAGGUUGCUUAUCUAUGAGUAUGUUCCAAACCAAACCUUGGAGCAUCAUUUGCAUGGGAAGGGAAGGCCAGUCCUAGAGUGGGCUAGGAGAGUCCGAAUCGCUAUAGGUUCUGCCAAAGGCUUGGCGUAUUUGCAUGAAGACUGUCACCCAAAAAUCAUCCACAGAGACAUUAAGUCAGCAAACAUCCUGCUGGACGAUGAGUUUGAAGCUCAGGUUGCUGACUUUGGACUUGCAAAACUUAGUGAUUCAACACAAACCCAUGUGUCGACUCGCGUUAUGGGAACCUUUGGGUACUUGGCACCAGAAUAUGCACAAAGCGGGAAACUGACAGAUAGAUCAGAUGUUUUCUCUUUUGGGGUUGUUCUCUUAGAACUUAUUACUGGACGCAAACCAGUUGAUCAGUACAUGCCUUUGGGAGAAGAGAGUUUAGUCGAAUGGGCUCGUCCACUGCUUCAUAAAGCCAUUGAGACCGGUGAUUUCAGCGAUCUGGUUGAUAGACGGCUCGAAAAACAUUACGUCGAGAAUGAAGUUUUCAGAAUGAUUGAAACGGCUGCUGCAUGUGUUAGACAUUCCGGUCCAAAACGUCCACGCAUGGCUCAGGUUGUGAGAGCACUGGAUAGUGAAGGGGACAUGGGAGACAUUAGCAACGGAUCCAAAGUGGGACAAAACAGUGCUUAUGACUCUAUUCAGUAUAACUCAGACGACAGGAAAAUGGCGUUUGGUUUUGACGAUAGUUCAGAUUCAGGGAUGCACAGUGGAGAUUACUCUGUCCAAAGCUCCAGGAAAGGAUCCAAAGGAGCCUCUACGGAGUUCACAAGGAACGAAUCUGAGAACCGAAACUUCAAUAACCGGCGGUUCUGAUUCACAUACAAGUGAAGUUAUCAUACCUCAUGUUUGAGCUCCCUGUACAGCAUUAAUGCUCUUUGUAUUUUUUUGUGUGAGAUAUAUUUUCUUGCAUAGCUACCUUUAGUUUUGUUUCUGUGUUUGGUUUCAGAUUUUUUUGAGUGUGGUGAGGAUAAUGAAGAACUCCAUUUUCAGA